CGGGAGGGGGAAGCAGGAGGAGGAAGAAGGCUGAGGGAAGAAGAUGAACAGUAGAGGGCCAUCCACCGUUGGAUUAGAAUCUGAUGGCUAAAAAAAUCGAGUGCGAGGAGAAGAAAAAAAUGCUGGAGUGUGCUAUAGUUAGCCCCAAACUUUUUCGCUGGAGGUAAAUGAUGAUGGACGUACAACGGAUCGACGAGGUCGUCGAUUUGCGUCGGGAGGAGCAAAAUACGUCUUCGCCGAGCGCCUUCAAUACGGAGAGAGAGAGAGCAGCCGACGCUUCCCUCGUCUACGGCUUCUUCCCCGUUCCCCCCAGGAUGUCGACGGCUCCCAGCACCGUUGUAGGACGCGCCGUCGCUCGAGGCCGGCGGCGGAAUCCGGUGUGUGCGCGCGAAUUCGUUUGGCCGCAAAGCUUAGCGCCUUCCCCCCAAGUCCAACUCCAUAGACCCCACCCCCCGUCCUCAAUCCCGCCCCCCCAAAUCCUAGUUGUUGACGGCGAGAUGUUGCGGGCACAGAAGGAUGCGGCGGCGGCGACUCGUGAGCUGCUCAAGGCAGAUGGCACCAGGAUGCGGAAAGCGGCUCAAGCAUCCGCACAGAAGGGGACCUCGUCGGCAUCGGCGUGGAAGGAACCGGUGGCGCAGAUUCGGAAGGCCCAUGCGGGAGCUGCGGCGGCGCGGGUCCAGGGGCGAUCUGCCGCAGAGCAGAGGAGUUUGCCGCCAGAGCAAAACGGCAUGGGUGGAUUUGGCGGAGCUACCUCACCAGCCUCCUUCACCGACAGAACCUGCUUCUUCAACGGCAGCUUGUUCGGCGGCUCUUCACAAAGCCCCAUGGCUCAAGCAUGGAUGCACUCUCAAGUUUCAUAUACUGGAUCAUGGAAGUCAAAUCUGCCUAAAGAAGUUGAUGCCCUGGUAGUGAAAUGUGCCCAGGUUGGAGGCUAAAUAUUUCAAGUGACUGAACUGUGUCAUUUAGGCUGUCUGAAAUGUGCCCAGGUUGGAGGCUAAAUAUUUCAAGUGACUGAAAUGUGCUCCGGAAGUGAAAUGUACCCAAGUUGAUGCAACUCAAGAAUGAUUUAAUUGAGCACAUAUGGCAUCCUUAUGGGCAAAGGAACAAUUAGAGCAACAUGUGUAAUCAAAUAGUGACUUUGUUAUUAUACUAUAUACAUGUUUAUUUUACGAGUCAUGUGAAUUAUUUAAUUGUAUUGUGGAUUUUCUCAUGUAUGCAACAAAAUGGCUACAAAGAUCAUGUAUGCACUAGAUUACCAUGAUUUGUGUGUUAAAGGAUGAAUUAAACACUUUGCAGACAA